CAUGCACGGUUAUAAAUACAUUUCGUGCAGUCUCGCUUGCCACAGCGCAUCCACGCGCAGCAGCUGUGGAGCUGUCCGCGUGCUGAACACUCGUUCGGUCCAUUCACCUCAACACACCUCAGACGCGGACACUCCCUCACAAACUGAGGAAAGCCUGAAGUACUCGACCAUCAUGAAUACGUCGGAGAACCUCUAGCUUGAGAUAGCGAAGAAAAGUCAGCAUUCAACCUGCUGCUGAGAUGGACGUUCAGACACGUGUGCUCACCGAGUCGUUGAACAUGAUGUCCACCGUGAGAUUUCCGCAGCUUUUUUACUUCAUGUAAUAUGUUUAAUCUGGAUGAAUGCGUCAUUUUAUAGUUAUGUUAUAAACACAAAAUCGUAGAAGCAAAAAGGUCAUUUGGAGUCGUUGAGAUUUGUGAAGGACUGAAAGACUGCGCUAUGGCUCCUCUUGCUCUCGUUAACUCUGUCGGACUGUUGCUCUUCGGCAGUGUAAUGUUUCUGGUGGCAGCAAAUCGUCCACCUGCUCCAGUAAAUGUGUCAGUCAUGCAUUUGAGAGCUGAUUCAGCAACAGUUUCCUGGGAUGUACCAGAAGGCGACAUCAUUAUUGGCUUUUCCAUCUCCCAACAGAGAAUGGAUGGCAAAAUGCAGAGGUUUAUCAGAGAGGUCAACACCACCAGUAGAUCCUGUGUGCUGUGGGACCUGGAGGAAGAGACGGAUUACAUCAUUCAGGUGCAGUCCAUUGGUCUGUACGGCGAGAGUCAAGCCAGCAAACGUGUCCACUUCAGAACCCUCAAAAAAACUGACCGCUUCCCCUCAAACAGUUCAAACCAAGAUGAUCCGACUGUCCAAGGCCUGGAUAGGGCAAGACAGCUACAGACAGGCGAGAUGGUCAUCAUUGUGGUCGUACUUCUAAUGUGGGCAGCUGUUAUUGCCCUGUUUUGCCGUCAGUAUGACAUAAUAAAGGACAACGAUUCCAGCAACAGUAAAGAGAAGGUAAAACCGUGCUCAGAGAGAAGCACACCAGAGCAUCACAGUGGAGGGUUGCUUCGGAGCAAGUUCCAGUCUGUACCAUCGAUCAACAUCAUUGAAGUGUGAUGGGAGUAUUGUAGACGUCAGUCACGCCCCUUCAUUGCAGCACCUGCAGUAUCAGGAUGAAAUAUGUCACUCAAAUCUUCCUUCAUCUACCAGCAGUCACAAAUCCACACGGAACAGCACGUCGGCUGUAUCGUAAUAUUGGUUGCCCCUGAAGCCAACGCUCAGCCCACUCAAAUACAGACUUGGAUGUAUGUAUAAUAAUGCAAUCUACUCAAGUGGUGGUGUAAAUAACAUAUACAGUAAUGCAGAUAAUGUACAACUGUAUGUUUAUAUUUUGUGGCAGUACAAUGGAAGGUGAAAUCCUCAAAUUGAGUAUCUGGAUAAAUCAUGGAUGAACUUUCCAUGAUGAGAGUUGUUGUAUUUGGGUGAACUGUUUGUUUACCGUAUUUUUCGGUCUAUGGGCCGCGUUUUUUUUCAUAACUUGGCUGGUGCUGCGUAUUAUAGUCAGGUGCGCCUUUUAAGUCAUUAUGAAUUAAUUUUGACAUUUAUGAGGCAAGAGAGACAACAUUACCGUCUACAGCCGCGAGAAUCCGCCAUAUGCUGCUUCUGUAUUUAUGUAAUUCAAUGGAUUCAGUAAUGUGGAAUGACGAGUAUGCGAACUUCACGCUAGUUGGCUUGUUUGGUUAUUUUAGCCUAUUCAACCUUCCAGGUAAGUUCUGUAUGAUAUGGUUUAUUGUUUAAAUAACUGAUAAUAUUACUUUAACGUACAGACAUCUAUUCAGCCUGCUGUUGUCUGCUAUUGUUUAGUUGAAUAACUUGCCUUUCCAGAUUAAAUGUCUGUUCUUCGGCUUGGAUUUUGUGAAAUAAUUUUCUAAAUAAACGCGACGUAUAGUCUACUGUGACUUGUAUAUAUGUUAUUUCGUCUUUAUGACGCAUUUUUGAAUGAUGCGGCAUAUAGUCCCGAAAGUACGGUAAACUGGUAGAUGAGAUGUGUGUCUUAUCUGAAACAAGAUAUAAGUUUUGUCAUUUUUGCUUGCAAUCUGUCAAUUAAGUUCAACUUUUAAAUACAAUAUCCUAAUUACAUCUAGCAAUAUUUAUUUCAGUAUUAAAGAGGGGUCCUAUAAGGAAGAGUGAUUAAAGCAGCUAUCGAAUAAAACAUAUUUAACUUUCAAACUUCUAAUAAAAGAGUGAAUAUUUUUCAUAAAGCCAGGUGUUCAGGAACUAAAAUGUUGAGAUUAUGUACAGUAUGUAAAUGUGUUUUCUGCCUACUGUGUUAAAGGCGGAGUCCAUGAUGUUUGAAAGCCAAUGUUGAUAUUUGAAAUCACCUAAACAAACACGCCCCUACCCCAAUAGAAUC